CUUGACUCUAUUUUGAGGCAAAAAUGGAUACCGACGUUGUUGAGCGGCUUAAUCAGCUGCAAAUGGCCGACUUGGGGACUGCCAGGCGUGAGCACAUAUCAACCACCGAAACCAAACAGAACUUGAAGAGUAUUGGCGAUGUCAAACUGGAAGAUAUCGAAGCCACGCGGGAGUCAAAUGUGGCCGGGUCUGAAGCCCAUCGGCUGGCUCAAGCAAAUAAGUCACUUCUUGCAGCUUGGUCAAAUGUCUACAGAGAAAUCGGUGACACGGGCGAUCUCGAGGCCCUGGACAGUUUAUUGAACGGUCAGAGCCAUCGUGUCCAGCUGAGCACCAUGGUGACGCGACCGGGACACGCAGUGAACUUUCACAAGCCUAUCCGUGGUAGUCAUACAGCUGGCGCCGGACGUGGUGGUGGUAUAAUUGGAACAAGAGGCCGUAGCUCUUCCUAUGCUCUCUCGCUCAAGAAUGUUUCUACCAGAACAAAAGCGACAGCCUCUAUUUCCAAGUCAACAUCCAAUUUGGAGAUACCCCGAACCAGAACGCGCCCGUUGGACCCAGCGCUCGACCACAAUGAUGAGGAUAUGAGACAAGCUCGCAAUCGGGGGAAGAGAGGUGGUUUUCGAAAGCCUCCACCAGCUGCCAUCAAGGCCAGGCGUCCUGUUCCUCAUAGCUCAGAAGCUCCCGGCCUAUUCGAGAGUCUAUUCAAAGCGCAACAGCCAGGCCAACAGGACCGGGCUCAGGGAAUGCCUCUACGGAGGGGUGGAGAGCUCUACUCGGAUCAGAUUCUCAGGAGUCGCGCAACGAAUACCUCAAUGAAUGAGGCAAAGUCUGCGGGUACCAUGCACUCAGAAGCUAUCAAACCUUCACCUGCCCAUUCAUCUAUCCCCCAGAAAGCAGCAGUGGCCAAAUCUACAACACACACACCGAUUGCCACACAACCCCAGCUUUCAUCUAGCAUCAAGUCAGUCCCUUCACCUGGUAACACUGGUCAGGCUGUGGCCAAGCAGCGUGAAGUUAGAGAGCCACAGGCGCCAAAGCUAGUGCAAUCGACUCCAGUCAAACAAUCGAAUGCUGCUCUCCCUCAAACCAAACUUCCCGGAGCUAAGGAAUUGCAGCAAGCCCAGGUUUCAGAGGCUCCUCAAAUGACGCCUCAAAAGCAACAGAUGGCCCAAAGCACUGCUAACAUCAAGAUGGAUAUGGCUGGCAAACAUCGCUUCCAAGGAACAAAUUUUCCACAGCCUAUCCAGGCACAUGUAGAACUUCCUCUCAAGAUGGAGCCAGAUGCCAAGCUUGUCGGUAAAACGCCUACUGGAAUGCUUCUUGAUCUAGAUAAUUCACCACCUUCUCCUCGCGGACUUUGUCCUCCAGAGAAUUUGUCAUCUGCGAAGCAGGACGCAGCGAUCAUGAGCCCCGGGAUGGAAGAUUUGCAAGGUCUUAAUUUUCAGCAUAUCGUCGCCAGCACGGAGAAUUUGGAACUGACCCCAUCAUCCCUCCAAGUGGCCUUCAACCCUCAAAAUAAGCUUGAGUUCAAUGGAUCUCAAAAGGCUGACUACCAAGAUCCUUCUCAUCCUACUCAAAAGGAAUUUGCUUCUGAAAACCUUCCCGGGGCCUUAGAUAUUGUCCAGAAAGUUCAGCAUCAGAUUUUGCUCCUCGAGAAACUCAUUACAACCACAACCCUAACCGAGAACUUUUUGCGCAAGCUCAAGGACUGCAAGGACGAGUUAGAAUCUGAACUUUCCACGUUCCAUAAGGCAUCAUCUGCGUUACCAACUGAUUCUAUCUCUACUUCUGAACAGCCACAGCUGCCCAAAGUGUUGCAGAAGACACAGCAGUCUGGAAAACUCAUUGACUGCAUGCCGGAGCAGGCAGAAAAAACUGAUGACACUGACUCAAAGGAUAACCAGCAGUCGAAGCCAGGCCAGUCCCCCCUUGUCAAAAUAGACAAAGUCCAGAAUACUCCUCUAAGCCAGAGAACUCCUUCAUCGACGAAUAAGCUCAGGGAGUCUGUCACGGCACCGGUAUUUGUUCCCAGGUCCCGUUUACCUACAAGCGAUCACUCUGCAACGAGUACCCCAGAUGAGUCACCUAGCCCUUCACCACACCCGGUCAAGGAUGUUCGGAAGCAUCUCUUCGGAGACCACCUUCUUCCUGGUCAAGACCGGCGUGUGCUCUCCGACUCAAUCGUCCAUGCUAGCAAGAGUCUGAAGGCUUCACUACAUGCUCUAGGAAAUGGGAAUAUGUUUCAACCGGUAAUGCCUGCAUUUCCACAAACAUCUGUUCUAGCAUCCGCCACACCUGUCGUCUUUACUGGAUUCCCUAGCAUCCCGCCUGUUUCCAACGCCCCUAUCAGUACAAACGAAAAUCGGCCCAAUAUUACCCCUCCCGGGAACUCAAACGAGCCACCACUCUUCCAAUCUCCUCGCCGGGUGCAGGUCACGCUCAGACAUCCAUCUCAGGUUCCCAAUCCUCUCGCUCAGCCGUUGACAGCCAACAAUACCAAUCGUAUUGCCAAUCCGCUACAGCAGUCUGUCCAUGCACCGAAGCCUACCACUGGACCCGUGAUUCUCGGUCCAGGCCAGAUCAGACGUUCCGCAGGCAUCCCCGGUCUUCGUGGUGGUGGCCUUGAAUCAUCUCGAUAUGCACCCCAAGAGAACUCCAAGCCACGUUAGAAACAAGUCAAUUCUCAGUCACCCAGGUUCUAUCUUGGCUGACACAUCAGUCCCCCC